AUUAAAAAGAAUUCUGACAAGGAUAAUUUUUAUAAGAAUUCUUACAAGGAUAAUUUUUAUAAGAAUUCUUACAAGGAUAAUUUUUUUAAAAAUAAUUUUCACACAUUAAACAAAACAAUCCAAAAGUGUAAUUACUGUCAACAAAAUGUGUAGGUAAAUUUCUUUUUAUAUUUUUGAUAUCUACAAUAUGUAUUUAUUAGUUAAUAAAAUAUUUAAAAAUUCUUUAUGAAUCAGCAAGAAAGAGGUAGAAAAUUCAUUACUAUGAAAUGGAGAGACUUAUUGUCACAAGAAUCACAAGAUUAAGAAGCCUCAAUGUUAAUUGGGCUUGGGCUUAUUGCUUAUUAAUGGGCCAUAGCAAAUUGCUUAACCGGUUAAAUGAUAUGGAGUAGAAACAUUACUAUUACCGGUCUUGUAGUGAUCCCAAGUUAACUGUAACCGCCGGCGACUCUUCUCACUUCUCCGAUGUCCUCCCCGUCUGCCGUCGGCGACCUCUUAGCCGCGCUCUCAUACCGCCUCGAGAACGGAAACCGAGCCAUCGAAGAAGAACUAAACGAGUCUUCUUCCUCUAUGGGACGAGCUAUCUCGGAGCUUAACCGGUCGCUAACUCUCGACACCAACGGCGAGGAUUCUGGGUUUAGCGUUUUGGACGCGACGGUGUCUCUAAUGUGCUUCAAGGCACCUCAGGUUUUUGAUUCGGUGGUUGAGUUUCUGGUGAAGACUAUUGUAUCCGUCUUAUCAUGUUCAAGCAGUUGUAAGGUGAUAAGGUAUCACAAUGAUGAAGCUUUACAGUUUGGGAGCUUGAGUUUACCUCAUUGCUCUGAGGAGUUGAUUGAAAUCUCUAAAGACAUUAUUGAUAAGUUGGGGGUAAAUGGUGGGUUUGAUUUUAGCUUUUUAUCUUUAAGUUUAUUAUUUUUGGUUACUUGCUUGGAACUGUUUGUAGGAAGACUAGCUACUUUGCUGUUCCAAGCUGUAGUGAGAUCAGCAGCUUCAACAUCUAGAAAGUUAGCUGGUGGAAGAAACAUGGUUGUGUCUAAGCUCCUUGCUUACUUACCGAGAGAAUCAUCUAUAGAGAACGACAAGAUACCUCUGAGGAUCCUGUUCUGGUAUCAAGAUCCAUUGUCGUUGAAGGAAGACGUUUCAAGAAUCUUGAAAGAUUUGGUGGAGAGGCCUUUCCUUUGUCUAAACAAGGAGCUCUUCGAGAGGGGAGAGUGGCGCGAUGUCGUCGUCUGCUUAGCGCUUUCUCCUUCUAUGUUCAUUAACGCCAGAGCUCUCUUACAUAAGUGGUUUUUGCUUACGGGACUUGCUUCAGUGUUUGACUUACUCGCCGCUUUGGUCUCUGCAGUGGUGGAUACAGUUUCAAGACCAACGUUGUGGGGUAUACCUAUGGAACUAGCUUCCAUGUUACCAUUCUCUGACGCAUACUUUCCUCACCAGUGUCAGUUUCUGAGAAUCUUGGCUGGUCCUCUCACCUCCAACUCCCUAGUAACGUUAGCUCAUAGUUGCAAGCCUACUCCAAUAAAAGUCCAAGCAUUAGAUGACAAAACCGAAUGGGCUUUGGCUAUUAACUUCCCAGAUUGGUUUUACUUUGCUUCAGCUAUGCUCUUCUCUGGAGGAAGUUCGUUAGAGAACAUUCACCAUAGAUACGCCUCACAUUCACAAGUGAGUAACAUUAUACCGCCAUGUGGUGUGGAAGGCCUCUCCGUUGCUGCGGCAACAUACAUUGCUUGGAUCCUGAACCCUGCGAGUGGAACCAUUCAAGAAUCACUAACUAAGUCUCUCAUCAGAGUCUCAGAGAUGUUACGUCGUAGUGAGACUACAACUGGCAAGAGAAAGAAACCAGCUUCCAGUAUUGUGGAUGACCUGGUCAGAGAGUUUCACAACAAGAUCACCAAUUCAUUUUCUUGUGAACUAGAUAACAUGCAAAACAAUCUGUUGGUAAGAAGAGUGGUGGUUGGUGUACUGAUAUGCUCUCCAUAUACAGUAACAGACGAAGAGUAUGAGCUGGUACUGCACUAUGCUGCAACUGGGAAGCAUCUAGCCGUCAAGAAGUUGCGGUUUAACGGAUUCAAACAAGCAAAGGGAAGCUCUAAAACAUCCAUGUUGCAGUCAAAUGAAAUAACCAAGGAGGAGGCUGUUGAAGGCACACGCCUUGUUUUCAACUUAACCGACACUCUGGAGAGUAUGUGUGCAUCGAGCUUUGAAGCUGAAGAGGACGCACAUGAGUUUAUCAACCAGUUUAAGCUAAGGUCCAGCAAGUACUUGGUCAAAUGCAUCGACCGCAUGAUUCAACUUCACUGCGAAGAAGAUGGAGAUCUGAUACUAAACGACAUAAACAUCAGACUGGAACAAUGGUCGAUGAAAGGACCAGAAGAUCCGCAGCUCAAGGAAGAUCUUGAUACCAUUGCUGCUAAACUAGCCUUCAUAUUCUCACCUGUGUAGCUGUCACCAACUCACCCUUCAGUUUUGGACAAAGAACCACUGGGAUAACACCAGGCAAUAACAUGUUUUGUAAUGAUAAUAUUGAAUUAAGAAUUAAAGAUCAUUAAU